AUGAAUACUGAAAAAAAAAUCAAUAGAAGAAAAAAUAGAAGUGCUUCACAAUAUGGAGCUGGAUAUGACAGAUGGAAGAAUCAAGUUACUAGUGAUUUUAACAGUAAACUUCAGAAUAUUAGUACACAAAGAGAUAAUAUAAAAAAAAGAAGACUCUGUAGAGAAUUCAAUAAUAAUGUAGAUGAUACAAAAGAAGAUUUUAUGGGACAACAAGUGGACGACUUAAACGUUGAGGGAAAUCCUGAUGAUGCAUGGAAUGAAAUUGAGCAACAUAUAAAUACAAAAAUUAGUCAAUAUCCCAAUAUUCAAUGUAAUAGAAUUCCUAGCAAUUAUCCAAAAGAAAUAAGAGAUAAAAGGAAAAAGAUAAUAGAUUUCUGUGAAGAUAGAGAUACACGCUUUGGAAUCAUGAAAAAGAAGAAUGAAAAGGAUGAAUGUUUAAAAUAUAAUCAAUGGAUAGAUGAAGAAAAGGAUACUUUUAUAAGUAGCAAUCCAUGGAGUAUAAGCGAUAGCCUUGGAAGUGAUCAAGCUUUCAAAAUUUCUCAAAAUUGUACAUUGAUCAAGAUGGGCAUGUUUUCGAAUGAAAAUUGUAGUAAAUAUAAUUCGAAAUCAAAAUCGAAGCCAAGUAAUUUACCAGGUCAACAACGUUCAGGUUCUUCCUUAGUAGCUACACAACAAAGAACUCCUAGUAGCACAGCAAUGCCUAUUAAAACUAUUCUACCUACUACCACUCUUAAUAUUACAACUAUACCUACACCUGCACCUAUCGCUGCAGCUACAUCUACCUCUACAACUACACCUAUAUCUACAAAUGCAACUACAACUACAACUACAACCACAGCUAAAACUACAUCUAUAUCUACAAAUGCACCUGCAACUACAACCAUACCUACCUCUACACCUCCAUCAAUACCUCCAAAUAUAUCUGCACCUACGCCUAAAACUAUACCUCCACUUACAUCCACAACUACACAAACCAAUACAUCUACGUCUACACCUACACCUUCAACUAUACAAGCAACUACACCCAUAUCUACGAAAGUACCUUUAACUACAUCCGCAAAUGUAUCAAAAGUUAAUGUAUCAUCAUCCCCAACAACAUUAAAACCUACAACUACAUCCACAUCUACAACUGCACCUACAUCUAUACCUUCAAUUAUACAAGCGACUGCAUCUAUAACUGCAAAAGUGCCCUCAAAUACCACAAGUGUAUCUAAAGUUAAUACAUCAUUAUCCCCAUCUACCACUGCACCUAAAACUACACCUAUAUCUACAUUUACACCUUCAACUACAUUAAGUACUACUUUUCAUAAUGAAAGUUAUGGGAAUAUAUCUUCAGGUACUCCUAUAAAAAGUUCAUCUACAGUAACUAAAUCUACAAUUAUUCAACUUUCAGCUUCCUUGGGACCAUUUUUGGGAAUUCUUAUCUUUUUUAUAUUUGUGUAUAGAUGCACUCCCAUUGGCUCGUGGCUUGGCAACUGUAGAUCAAAGAAAAAAAGAACACAGAAAAAAAAGAAACAAAUACAAGUAGAUAGUGAAUCAAUAUUCCCAGGAUUUUCCGAUAAAGAAUCAGAGAUCAAUAUGAAAAACUUUCCAAUAUGUAAUGAGAAAAACAGUCCCACAUGCGAAAUUGCAUUGGAAAAUGAAAAUAAUGAAAGAAAUAUAGAAGCAAAGAGUAAUAUCGUAGAAAGAAGGAAAAAGUGGAAAUGGAAGGCUGUAAUUGAAGUACAUAUGAUGGUAUUAGAGGAAUUCCAAAAAGAGGAGUGGGAAUUGAAUAGAAGAGAAUUUCUAAAAAUUUGUUUGGAAGAAUUUAAAGAAGAAGGCAUAUAUUCUGAUGUAAUUAAUAGACACUUAAUUACGGAAGGAGAUCAAAAAAAAAUUGCUAGCAUUUUUUUAGAGCAAAGGCCCCUAUGGAAAAUAUGGAUAGAAAGGAACAAUAAAUUGAUAGAGAAAUGGAAAAAGGAGCAAUGGUUUAAAAAUUUAAAGAAAGAAUGGAAAAAAGAGGUAAAUAAAUAUAUAACAUUGAUAGAAAAAGAAGAGAUGAUGAAAAACAAAAAAAAGGGAGCAAUUAACCCCAUGCUAGAGAAACAAAAGAUAAUAUGGAAGAAAUGGAUACAAAAGCAAAAUAAGUUGCAUACUUUUGAUGACGAAGAAUUGUUAAAACAAUUGUUAGUAGAAUAUGAAACAGAAGAAGAAAUGAAAAAAAAUAUGGAAACAAUAGAUAGAGAAAAAAUAAGAAUAGAUAUAGAAAAGAAGGAUAAAGCAUUUAAGGAUUCAAACAAAAAUGAAUUAAUAUCGAGAUUAAGGAUAGAGAUACACAUGAUGGUAUUAGAUGAAUGCAAAAAAGAGGAAUGGAUAAGGAACAAAAAAGAAUUUUUUAAAAUAUGCAUAGGAGAAUUAAAAUUACAGGAUAAUUCCGAUGAAAAAGAACUUUUAGAAGUGGAAGAAGAAAUAAUGAAAAGCAUUACAUUAAAAAAAAAAAAAAAAGAGGAAUUGGAGAAAUUUAAAAAAGGAAAAUAUUUUAUUGAAUUGAAGCAAGAAUGGAUGAAUAAUGAAAAGAAAUAUAUAGAAGAAGUGAAUAAAGAAAACUUAUUAG